AUGUCGGCCGUGUUCCCGAGACAUGCCGACACGCUUCUCCGCCUGGCGCGUUCAUUGUCUUCGAAAGACGAUUCCGCGAAAUUGGCGAGAAUCUCCCUUUCUAAGUUCUACUGGAGAGGCGUAGAAGCUCACUCGGCCGAGUAUGACGAGAAGAAACUCUACGGACUGGUCGGCAUUGGCGCUUUCGUUGUCAUGUGUGGCGACGACAGGGCAGAAUAUUUGGAGCAAUUCCUCGGCAUUAUUCAAGACAUUCCCUUUGUGAGCAACGAGCCGAUCUUUGGAGCGCCCGAAAGUCCAGUGGAAAUGGAGAAAAUAACAUUUUCCCUGGGUGCGAUUUUGAGCGACAUCUACGAAUUAUUCCCUGCUCAUCAGACGCAGAUUCUGACGACAACUGCGCAGCUCCUGUCUCGCUAUCACCAAAUACUAGUCGAAAAAGAGGACGAAGAAAACAUUGCGUUGGUCACACUUCCAGGCUCAUUCCUUUGCAGAAAUUCGGUCAAUCAAAGUUACAACAAGUCGACAAGUUGGUCGACUUGGAGCACUUUUAGCCACCCAGAAGAGCAACUGCCGCAUGAUAGCGACUUCAAAGUGAAGGAAGAAAAGUCGCUCACAGUAGUGGCAAUGAGUCUCUUUGACUACUUCGCCUCGGAUAGUAACGACGUCAACGAUUUGGGAGUGAUUCAGCUCUCCCACUUUUUCACGAAACUAACAGCUUCGCCGUCGGACGAAGAAGAGUUUUCGAAAAUGUCGAAAACGGCGCUGGACGGUUUCAUCAGCAGCGUGAACGCAGUGCGCCAACGAGGUGAAGAGAACAACGAGGAAAGCACGAUUUUGAAAAUGAGCCGUCUGCAGCGGCAACUGCACUGUAUUGGCGCCUCCUGUUACUUGUCUGUUCGCACUGUGAGAAAUGAGCGCGGCGCGGCCAGCAUUUUGAAAAAGAUCGUCGCCCGUCUUCUUGGAAACGAUCCCACGGCACUGUGUCUCAUCGCGGUGGGACUCUUCCACGACCUUCUUUCCAGUGUCUCCGAGCUUGUCAAUUAUCACAACUCGAUUAAAGACCAAGCGACAAAGGCGAUUCGCGACUUUCUCCUCACACCAGCGCCCGUUCUGAUCAAGCUCCAAAAAGCAAGCAAAAAAGGCGAAUAUCAACAACUUCGCGAGCAUGGAAUCAAGACUUUUCAGGAAAUCUGCGCUGCUGGGGAAAAUAACGAAAGCGCGCAGGUUGGACUUCUUUGCUCAAAAAUCCUUUCCAUCAGCAGCAGCAAUCCAAAUGGUCCUCUGGCAAUGGAUCAUCUUUUCGCGUUGUUGACCACUUUCGUUACGGAGAAAAGUGAUAGCCAGCUGAAGGUGUUUACUACUGUUCAUAACACUCUAAUAAAAGGCGGUCUAAACUUGGAGAAAGAAUGCCUAGUUCAUCUGACCACUCUUUCGAUAAAAAUCGCGGAGAAAUCGCCACCAGAAGAUCGAAAAGGAGAAAACAUGGCUGCGGAAAUCAUCGAAAUCAUCAUCCAAUCUUUCGUCAACACCAAAUCAACCGUUGAAAGAACCCUUUCCUACAACUGCCUGAAAAAGCUCGCUGAAGCAGCAGCUGGUCAGCACAAACUCUGGCUCCUUAGUCGUUACUUGAAGCUCUUCUUUUCAAUUUCAAGUGAAGACAAGAACGAUGAGCGCGUUUCUUCCAUCAUGUCUUGCAUUGCGCUGAUUGUCUCUAGUGGAGCGCCCGAUUGGAACGAUCCGCAGUUCUUCUCACUGAGGAAUUCGAUGCGCGACUUUUGGUUUUACUGCGCUGUUUUCGGCUUUUCCGACAUGUCGAUCGGCUGGCCGGAUGAGCAAAGGGCCGAUAUCAUGGCCAUUGCAAAACGAUCCCCGACGCUGUCUUUUCUUACAAAUGAACCGGUGAAGCAGACCCUAGAGAACAAUCCUGCCUUGAAAAAGGGCAGCUCGGGUUCGACGAUCAAAGAAGUUCAAGACCUCAAACUUGCGUUAAACCACUCGAUCGGAUCUAGAGACAUUCAGCUGGACGGCGAAAUCAAGGCGCUCGACUAUUUCAAUGUGCUCUAUCACAUCGCUGUUCUUCAUAUCGAGCGAUUGCGACUUGCGUCUUACCUGGUAACGGAACCGACUGCGUACGAGUACCGAGAAUUGUUCACUUACAUCGAGAACCAAAUGGUCCAGCGAUCAAAACAGGCGAAAGACAAGAUCCUCAAGGAAAUCCUCAUUACCAUCUUCAGAGAAUACCUUUCCUCGAUUCGCGAGUUCGCGCGAACAAUCAACAUCGACAUCUGCCUCGUCGAAAAGGUCCAACUCUUACUGGUCAAGUUCAACUCGACGAAUUCGACUUCUCGCUACGUCGCCGAUUCUAACUUGCUAGCGACUUUCAACUACUUCGAGCACCUAGUUUGGCAGCCGGCAGUGAUUGAGACGGAACUCGACAUCGUCCAGCAGCUGAGUUUUUCGCUUGAAGACGCGGAGGAAUCUUUCGCAGAGGCGCACGAGUUGUCCAUUCCUUCGAUUAAAAUGUCGCUCAAACUUCCCGACAGUUUGGAUAAGCGAAAAAGCAUGGUUCUCGCUAUGCAUCGCUAUCUCCUUGAAAAGCCUGGGAUUCUUAUAAGAGCUUUGAAAGCAGCGCCAAAGGCGACGAAAUCGCACUUGGCCGAGUAUCUCAGAUCCAAAGACGAAAAGGAUGAAGAAGUGCACGCUAACACGCAUCAUCUUCUUUCAAGCGCGAAAAUAACGGCCAAGGACUUGAACUUCAGUAAACGCGCGAAAUAUUUCGGCGAAGCUGUGCUCCUCGUUGACAUCGUUGAUGAUCCAGUUAAAGAGAUCAUCUCUAAAUACGACAAAGUUGUUUCUUCCGGCGGAGAGAAGAGUCUCCACAAACUGGAAGAACACAUGUACCAAAUGGCGGCGCUGAUUCUUCAAAAAGAAAAGAUCUCCGAAGAAGCAAAAAGACGCCUACUCCGAAAGAUAUCAUGGGCGAUCAUCGACGCGUUUCACAUUCAAGUGGUGGAAGCAGCGAUCUACUGCUGGCAGUGGAUUAGCUCGGCCCGUCCCGAAAUGGACGAGGUGAUCAUGCUCGAAAUCGCUUCAGUUUGGCAAUGCACGAAAGAACGACAACUGGGCAUGUUCGAACCUUAUCGAUCUGAAGGAAACGUCCUCGCUUUUCUCGAAUCAGACCCUCCAUCACCCAACCCUCCAAACGUCGCACCUCACCUCGCCUGGGUCCGUUUUCUCCAAGAAAUGCUCGCUUCCUUCAAACUCACAAAAACUGGUCCUUGCCGAACCAUUCUUGCUCUUUUGAAUAACACGUUGAGUUCGAGCAUUGCCGGCUCCACCGACCACAUCAUUUCCCGUCACGUGAAUUCCGCCGCAGUUCGAAUGGAACUCAUUUCUCUUGGUUUCUCGAUUUUGCACUCUCAAGUCCUCAUCAGGGAAGUUGAAAGAUCGGUUUUGCGCGCCAAGCUCUACAACACAAUUUUCGAUUAUUUCACAACUCCGAGCUCUCUCCCGGUCAUGCCAAAAGGGCAACUGAAAGAAGACAUCGACGCUCUUAUUCGUUUUGUCAUCGUGAUGAACAAGGAAGGAAAGAGGAUCGUCGACCCGUUGGCAGGAGUAGCUGGAAUCGUCUUCAGUGGCAGCACUAGCAGUACAAAAGACUCGAUCUCGAUCAGUGGAACGGACUCGCUCUCUCGCCGCGCUGAUUUGACUUCUUCUGCCGCCUCGACUCUCGCUGCUAAAAGCCAGAUCCUUCCAAAUGGAGUCAGACACUUGGUCGACAAUUACAAACGAAAACGACAGUUUGCCAUGCAACUGCUGAUUUCGGAAAUUGAGCGUUUCAAGAUCUGGCUCCAGCCGCAGCCCCAACAACACGACGAUCAGGACCGUUUUAUGCAGUUCUCAGAGAUGUACAGUCUUGACAAACUAGUCGACAAGCAAUGGAAGCAGCUGGCGAAAGACGGAUGGUCCAUCAGUCCUUACCUCGCUUGUCAAUUGCCGUCGCGACUCAAGCAAGAGCCUGCGUUGAUUCAAGAGCUCAUUAAUCUUGUCCAGCGAAAUCCACAAAUUGCACACGACAUUCCCGAAGCAGUAAGUCUUUUCAUUAUCCCUGAAUUCGUCCGACUCGACGCCAAGGAGUUGUCUUAUCUCCUUUAUUGGAAGUCUACCGAUCCAGCUACCGCGCUUGGUCUUUUCUCGCAACGAUUCAACCCUCAUUCGUACACCGCCCAAUACGCCGUUCGUUGCUUGAGAAGCUUCCAGGAGGAGCAGAUCCUUUUCUACAUUCCACAACUGGUUCAAGCGCUCCGAUACGACUCCAUCGGCUACAUAGCGGAAUAUCUUCUUGCUGCUUCGCGGCGAUCCCCACUUCUCGCUCAUCAAUUGCUCUGGAAUAUGAAGACGAAUAAAUUCCGCGACGAAGACGGAAAAGAAGAAGACCCCGACAUCGGCCACAAAAUCGACAAACUCGAAGGGGCGAUUCUCCGAAGCUUCACAGAAGGCCACCGUGCGUUCUACCAACGGCAGUUCCAGUUUUCCUAUGAAUUGACGGAGAUUUCUCACAAAAUCAAACCGAAGAAUAAAGACAAUGGCGAUCGGAAAGUUGCUUGUCUUGAAGAGAUUGGAAAAUUACUCAUCCCGAAGAUGGUUUAUUUGCCUUCCAAUCCCGGCUGUCUCGUUCUCGGCAUCAAUCGAAAACUUGGAAUUCCCCUUCAAAGCGCUGCAAAAGCUCCUUAUCUCACUGAAUUCAAGGUGGCCAAAGUAGGAGUGGAAAGGCUCGAGAAGAUCUGUACCGGGCAGGAGAAGUUCGACGAGUUCAAGCAUCAAACCUUCAUGCAAAAGGCCAUUUUCAAAGCUGGAGACGAUUGUCGACAAGACAUGUUAGCGUUGCAAAUUAUCCAGCUAUUCCAAAACGCGUUCAAUCAAGUCGGCCUGGACGUUUAUCUCUUCCCUUACAAAGUAGUGGCUACUUCUCCCGGUUACGGCAUCAUCGAGUGCAUUCCCGACGCCGCCUCGCGCCAGGAACUGCUUAAACAGUCGGAAAUGAACCUACUCGAGCUCUACAAAUUCAAAUAUGGCGACAAAAGCGACUCCCUCUUCCAAGAAAAGCGCCGAAAUUACAUCAAGUCGAUGGCUGCCUACAGUUUGGUGCUCUACAUUCUCCAGAUCAAGGAUCGCCACAAUGGAAACAUCAUGAUCGACAAGGAAGGACAUUUGCUCCACAUCGACUUUGGCUUCAUGUUUGAAUCGAGUCCCGGCGGGAACAUGGGCUUUGAGCCGGACAUGAAGCUCACGCAGGAUUUGAUCAGUCUCAUGGGCUCCAGCAUGGACACAGAAGAAUUCAAAUGGUUCGUGGACAUGACGACAAAGGCGUACUUGGCGGUGCGCCCUUUCCAAGAAAACAUCGUCAGUCUAGUCACUCUCAUGCUGGGAACCGGCCUCCCUUGCUUCCUUGGUCAAACAAUCAAGCAACUACGCUCGCGCUUCUACCCGACCAUGACCGACAAGGCUGCUGCUUUGAAACUCAAGGAAGUGAUCGCCAAGUCGUUCCUCUCGACGCGAUCGAAAACCUACGACAUGAUUCAACUGCAGCAACAAGGCAUUAUGUACGCCACUUAG